AAUUGAAGCACAAGGACGAAGAAGGUGCUUUAAAAAGAGGGGCCAAGAUGGAUGUUUUUAUGAAGGGGCUUUCUAAAGCUAAAGAAGGGAUGGCAGUGGCUGCAGAAAAAACCAAGGAAGGUGUUGCGGUGGCCGCUGAGAAAACCAAGGAAGGCGUGAUGUUUGUGGGCAGCAAGACCAAAGACAGCGUUGCAACAGUGGCUGAGAAGACGAAGGAGCAGGCAUCUCAGCUGGGCGGAGCAGUGAUGUCUGGAGCCGGAAACAUCGCCGCCGCCACCGGCCUGGUGAAGAAGGACGAAUUCCCCAGUGACAUGAACCCGGAGUUCGGUCAGGAAGCCACUGAGGAGCCGGGAGAAGGUCUGAUGGACCCUGAAGGACAGACAUACGACGACAACCAGCAGGAGAGCCAGGAUUAUGAGCCCGAGGCGUAAAAGCGUCACAUUCCAAGCCCAAAUCCAGCCAGCAGCACAAAAAGUUUAUAUCAAUACCAAGUACAAAUCCUAAACACAAUAAAAACCUGUUGCAAAAAAAA